ACACCACCAACCCCCCGUCUGUCUCAGAAAAAAAAAACACGCAGCCCGAAUCCCCAACCUCCUCUCCUCUCCCAACUCACUCGCCAGCUCCUCCUCCACCGCGGCCCCGAUCCAGAUCCCCUCCACCGCGGCCUCCUUCCACCUCCUCUCCUCUCCAAACGGCAUGGCCGGCUUCCCGGGGGCCGGUGGCUACGACGCCAUGGCCGGAUCCGGCGAUGACGAGGACGAGGAGGCCAUGAAGAGCCUCUACGCUGGCGCGGCCCCCGCCCCCGCGGAGGAGUAGGAGGAGGUCGACGAGUGGUACGCCGUCGCGGUGAUGAUGGCAGGGGAGGAGAGGGGGAUCGGGAAGGAGGGGCUGCGGAAGAGGCUGGUCAGGGAGGGGGAGGGGCCGCAGCUCCCCCGCGCCGGCGACGAGGUCGAAGUGCACUACACGGGGAUGCUGGCGGACGGCACCAAGUUCGACUCCAGCCGGGAUCGCGACGCCCCAUUCAGGUUCACCCUCGGCCAAGUUGCAGGUACAGGUUAUGCGAUGAUCAUGGUGCGAGAGCGAUGCUUGCUUGCGUUGAGUUUUUCUUCUGCUUCUCCUUCGAUCAGGGGAUAGGUUCCAGGUCGGCAUCCUGGGCUAGCAGGGUGGAUAUUGUUUGAGUUUCUGUUUAUGAUUCAUCCGUAGUCGGAUGUGGAUCUUGUAUGUUGUAUUGUUGUAUUCAUGUGACAUUGUAUGUAUUGGAUGUAUCCCCACUAUUAUGUAAUGUUGAUGUAAUGAUAUCCACCUUGCAAAAGCGUCUCCAAGAUGCGCUUCUAUCCUUGAUGGGACCCCCGAGUUCCUUUAGGAUAGGAUCGCAUCUUGGGUGUGACAUUUCUUUAGUGUUUAGACUAUACCAACGAACUUUUGACCAUUAAGAUAACUUGUGUGCAUUUAACUUAGUGACAAAGAGCCUAACGAAUC